GUGGAAAAUCACAUCGGCUACAUCGUCUCGUUGGAAUGGUCUUAUCUCAUUCACUAGUCGGCAUUUUUACGUAGUAAACUCCUUGUUGAGAUCUUAUCCCCUCCAGUUUUCCAGGCGGCGCUAUGCCUUUUCCAGAGUAGCUUCUUCCUGAAGCUUCCAGAAGGGGCAUGACGAAAAAGCAGUCGAAUAAAAACUCCAGUCUGAACUUCGACGACACAACAGGCCCGAAGAUCUGAGCGACAUAUUCUUCCUUUAUACAACUUCCAGGAAAAAAGACACAAUGGCAGCCAAUGAUCCCCGUCUCAACGAGCUCCUGAAAUGGAGCAUCGAGAACUCGGACGUUACAAGAAAUGACCCCACGGCACCGACGGGCGGUUCAGACCUGACGCCUGAUGUCAUGGCCGCCCUCAUGGGUGGCCCUUCAGAGGCCGACUUGAUGAAAGCCGCAAUCCAGGUCAUCAGCUCCGAUGAGCCUGAAAUCACCCUUGACGACAAGCUCGUCGCUUUCGACAACUUCGAACAACUCAUCGAGAACCUCGACAACGCAAACAACAUUGCCAACCUUGGUCUUUGGACACCUCUUCUCGAACAACUCAAAUCGGCAGAGCAGGAAUGUCGCAAAAUGGCAGCUUGGUGUGUGGGCACAGCCGUUCAGAACAACGAGAAGACUCAGGAGCGGUUACUGGCUGUGGGAGGACUCCCUGCUCUGGUGGAACUGGCAACACACGAGAACGAGCCCAGCGACGUGAGGAGAAAAGCGAUAUACGCGCUAAGUUCUGCGGUGCGGAAUUACCAGCCCUCGAUGGACCUCUUCGUGGGGGAACUGGGGAAGCGUGGUCAAGAGACUGCGAAAAUCGAUGCGGCGGAUAUGGAGGCGAUUGAUGUGAUUAUGAAUGAUCUCAGGGAGAAGGCAAAGGCUUCUGCACAAUAAGCGCUCGUCACUUAGACCAUCAAAAUCAGAGGGAGGGAAUGGCGUUCGGGCGUUGGACAGUACCGGGUUUUAGAUAUUGACAGCAAGGCGAACCCCAGGGGCACCGCAUCCUCUUCGCUUCUUUAUGUUACAAUUUCCGUCGACACAAGUUGAUGUACAUGAUCUAAAGAUACAAUUCCCAGAAUGCUCCGAUGCUUAGUUCUUGACCUUGCCGUAAAAGGGGAACCCCAAUGAUUCUAAUAGCAGACGCCCGUGCCUGUCAGAGGUGGCAGUGGUCUGAAUGGUGAUAUAACAGCCAGGGAUCAUUUUCGCCGGAUACGCCUGUUGAGUUGUUAGUGCAGUCUAGUAGUAGGCGGUAUAGUG